UCCUUCUUCACGGCGGAUUAUAUUUCCCAGUAGCGGCGUGUCCAGACGAAACGACGAGGCCAUGAUUUAAACCCCCCAGUUCAAUGCACGACAACACCGUGCCAACAUAUAAACUCUAUUGAUUGUUGGGGCAGAGACCGAAAGUAACUGGUGAUUUCGAAAUUUGUCUUGACGGACACACUUUAGAUGAAUGGAAUUAAGUGUUGAAAAGAAAAGUUUGUUUGUAAGUGCUUCGUGUGAAAUCUCUCCUCGUCCGUUUCGAAACAGACGCCACCGGUCGAGGACGUAAGAUAAUCGAUGCGGAAAUAUCCCGUUGCUUGUGCACAAAGACAAAUUGUUCCACAGGAAUGAUCGGAAAGUCACUAUCAGGACUACAUCUAUUUAUAACUAAGUUCGGAGAAUAAUGAGGAGUGGUUUGAUUGCUAAUAGGCGGAUCACAGGCUAUUAAUCAUACAGUUCGGGAUGCUAAACCGGCGGCGUGGUAGAAGAUAUAUCCGUAACUUCAUCCUUUUUGUUGUUGCGGUAACAGCCAUUGUUUAUUUCAACAUUCAAUUCAACUGGCCGGUGUUUCAUGUGUUCAGAAAUAAAAAUAUACUCGCUCCUUGUAUUUUGCCAAAAUAUGACAUCUACGAUCCCCAAUUAGACCGAUUCUUCUGGAGCCAAGUUCCUCUGAAAUGCGAAACUUGGGAAAAUCUGGUGUAUAUUGAUGCUGAGGGUAUCCUGCACGUCAACGAAACCGCCAUAUCAAGAAGUGGACACGGUCAUGUGACCUGCAAGUAUGGAAAAAUUCAUCUCCACGGGGAUUAUGGGAAAGUCAGCAUUGAGGAUUUAGUCGAGUUUAAGCAGCCCGAAUAUAUUGACACGGAUUUUAUCAAUGUGCAGUGUUUUAAUGAUGAUAACAAACAAAUUUACAAUAACCUUCACCUGCAUGUUGACAUUAAAAGUAUAAAGAAACAGAGGCAAAUUGGUAUGGAGAGUAAAGAUCAAUUAAGUGUUUACUUGUUUGGAAUUGACUCAAUGUCAAGACUCAUCACCGAAAGAAAAAUGCCAAAAACUAUGAAAUAUUUACGAGAGGAACUUGGUGCGUAUGUUUUCAAAGGAUACACCAAAGUAGCAGAUAAUUCGUAUCCUAAUCUACUUCCGGUUUUUACCGGUUUGAAAGCAUAUACAAAAGAAGUACCCCCUGGAAUAGAAAAUAUCCCAUUCAUAUGGAAGAACUUUUCUCGAAAAGGAUAUAUAGAUCUUAUGUCAGAGGACCAUCCGGGGCUCGCCUGUUUUCAGGGAUUUAAUGACCCUCCCGUCACACACUAUCUGCGGCCAUUUUUUAUGGCCAUGGAGAAAAUUGUGAGUCCUCGUAGUGCCCUCAACAAUGCCUAUAUGUUUGUGCAACACAGAAAUUUUUUGCAAAAUAGUGCCUCUCCGAUGUGUUUUGGAAAUCAGCUAAAACACAAAUACGUUAUGGAUUACACUAGCCGCUUUAUAGAAACCUACGGGUCUCAUUUAAAAUUUGCAUGGUCGUGGAUUAAUGAAAUUACGCAUGACUUCAUUAAUAUUGUUGAACUGGCAGAUAAGGAUGUCCUCGAACAUUUUAGAUGGUUAAAGGAAAGCAGACGAUUAGAAAAUGCUGUACUGAUUUUCUUUGGUGAUCACGGUCCAAGGUAUAGCGAGAUGCAGAACACAGCUGUUGGAAGAAUAUCAAACCUUCUUCCACUAUUUACAAUGGUGCUUCCUGAUCAUAUAAAAUCCAGGUUUCCCCAUAUACACCGAAAUGCUAGGACAAAUAUCAAUAGAUUAUCAACACAUUAUGACUUCUUUGAAACACUGAAAGACAUUUUGAAUUCAGAUUUUGCUGAAAAACCACCAAUAGACAGCACUAACAUUCCGAGAGGGAUUAGUUUGUUUCGAGAAAUUCCAACGAGUAGGAGCUGUCAAAGCGCAGAUAUAUCAGAACAUUACUGUCCUUGUUACUCAUCGAAGGAAAUUCCUCCGCAAGACGAAAGAGUGCGCAUUGUUGCGGACUUCGUCGUUGACAAAAUCAACACUAUCCUACAAGAGAUUCCUGGGAGGUGUGCUAAAUUGUCCCUCGACUCAAUUCAACAAGCCUCCCUCGUAUAUGCUGAUAUGGAAAGGGACUCGGGAGCCGAAAGCUAUUUUUCAUUUAGGAGUUAUUUAUGGUCGAUCAAGGAAAAGACGCGUAUUCUUGUAACUCUGAAAACUAAGCCUGGUGGGGCACAAUUUGAAACGACUGUAGAGUAUCGUGGUAAAAGAAAUAUUAAACUUUUAGGUGAUAUUAAUAGAACUAAUAAAUAUGGUGACCAAGCCAAAUGUAUCAAAUUUGAAGAGAAAUUUUAUAGAUUAUAUUGUUUGUGUUUGUGAUUUUGAAACAACAGUUGAAUUAAAUCAAAAGAAGUU